AUGUCAUCGCUUUUCAACAAGGUUGCCAAAGCCUUACCGACUCACGGAGAGCAGGAGAACCAGCAGCAUGAAGAGUCUCUCACCACCGUUCUAGCCAGUCAUGAGGAUCGUUCAGAGUUUCUCCUAUUGCUUGCGAAUUGCAUGGGUUUCAUGCGACUCGAAGUCUUGAACAAUUUCGAUCCUGUAGCUGGCGGAGAAACUGCCAAUCACCGCUCUACAGAUGACAUUCAUCUACCAAAUGACCCAGGUUCUUCUGUUCGAACGGAGCCAUCAGUGAACCAAGAACAAAAGUCCGACGACCAACAAAAGAAGGACUACGAACGUAGGAAAGCAGAACUGUCUGACGAGGGAUUGGUUGAUCUGAAAGAUGCUGCGAUCACUCAUUUCGACAGCUGGCGAGACAAGGUUAUCCAACGUGUGGGCGAAAUCAUCAACCACACACAACAGGAUGGCGGAGCUCGGACAAAGGGUUCUCCGCCACAACAAGAAACUCAGACCAAAGUGACUAUCAAGGACAUGGAAGAUGAUGACUUAGAUGGUGCCUUACGAGAACUAUACCCCCCUCAACCAACGCCGCUAAGGGAGCUUCCUCAAGAUCAGCGUGUGUUGAUUCUCCAUUCACUCUUACUCGUUCUUCUCAGCUUGGAGUCCUAUACCGCGGAAUCUCGAGUGCUACUACUCCGAGUAACAAGCUCCUUGAAGCUUCCAAUGAAACUUCUCACCGAAGACGAGAACCAGGUCGCCAAAGGGCUUCUCGAAUCAGCUAAACAGCAAAUGGAUGCCGACCCAGAGACCAAGAGAAGAGCCGAAGCGAACGCAUCGUCAAGAAAAUGGAAAGUCGGGCUAAGUGCCGCAGCUGGUGCCAUCCUCAUAGGUGUUACAGGAGGACUUGCUGCUCCUCUACUCGCCGCUGGCGUGGGCUCCGUCAUGGGCGGGAUUGGGCUUGGAGCCACUGCAACGGCAGGGUAUCUUGGAGCGAUGGCUGGGAGUGCCCCUCUGGUCGGUGCUCUAUUUGGUGCCUAUGGAGGACGAAUGACCGCAAAGAUUACAGACAAGUAUGCCAAAGAAGUGGAGGAUUUUGCAUUCAUCCCACUCCAAGACAAGACAGGAGACAAACAGAAUUCCAGACAUCUCCGAGUUGCCAUUGGCGUCUCGGGCUAUCUGACGGAUGAGGCUGAAGUAACCAGUCCUUGGACCCCAAUCGGCGACAGUAUCGAAGGAUUCGCACUUCGCUGGGAGCUCGACACACUUCUGGCCCUGGGGAGUGCAUUGACGGCAUACAUUCGAAGCUAUGCCUGGGGGUGGGCCAAGAAGGAGGUCAUCAGCCGAACCAUAUUCGCUACGCUGGCCUCGGCUCUCACUCUCCCAUACGGAAUAGCCAAAAUGACCAAAAUGGUGGACAAUCCUUUUAGCGUGGCGCGAUCACGCAGUGAGAAGGCAGGUGUGGUUCUAGCCCAUGCUCUGAUCGAAAAAGUCCAAGGCGAACGACCCGUGACGUUGGUGGGAUACUCCCUGGGUUCACGCUUGAUAUAUUCAUGUCUGAAUGAGCUUGCGGAGCGUCGUGCGUUUGGAUUGGUUGAGUCGGUCGUAUUGGCUGGAAGUGCAACACCCUCGGACUCUCUGGCAUGGCGCAAAAUGCGGUCGGUGGUCACUGGGCGGCUGAUCAAUGUCUAUUCCACCAACGACUACCUGCUCGGCAUUUUGUAUCGAACCAGCAGUUUGCAAUAUGGCAUUGCGGGUUUACAGGCCGUCCGAGAUGUUCCAGGCGUCCAGAACGUCGAUGUGUCCUCUUUCGUCGAUGGCCACACCCAGUAUCGGUUCCUUAUGGGUCGUAUCUUGCAAACAGCUGGCUUGGAAGACUUGAAUCGGGAAGAGGUCGAGAGGCAGUUGAGGGAAAUGCAGACCGAGCAAAAGGAAAAUGACGCAGAGCGUGAAAAGAGUGAGAAGGAGGACCACACCGCAGCGGAGACUGGUGAUGAGCGAGCCUCUACAUGA